AUGAACUAUCAGGGUUUCGUCAAUUUGGCUACACUGAAUUGUGUACAAACGUAUGGCGCGUGUGGAGCGACGAUUCCCCUCUACGCCUAUGAGAAUACGAAAUACGCUGACGAGUACGUGAAUGUUGGCUAUGGAAUGGAUGCGCCGGCGGCCGAUGGGUACAAUCCGAUGAUAGGUGGCACUCCGCUUUGUUUCCUUUGGCCUGUUCCAACCACAACAAGUACGACGACAACGACGACAACAACCCCGUUCACUGGCUCAACCACCACUGGACCAACUACAACGACGGCAAGCACCACAACGUUCACCACUGUUUCGACGACAACUGGAUCCACCGUCAGCACUACGAGUUACACGGGCUCGUCGACAACUGCUUCCACUGUCUCCGCGACUUCUUUCACUGGAUCGACGACAACGGGAACGACAGUCACCACCACUUCGUACACUGGCCCAUCAACGAGCACAGCCUCUACAACGCCCUACACUGGCUCGAGCACUACUGCAUGGAUUGGUUGGCCGAUUUGGAUCGCCGGCGUGCUGAUUGCUUCGCUGGUCAUCAUAGCAUUAUCUUCGGAGCGACAUGAGCGUUUAUUCAGAGGCAGCUCAUCAACAAAUCCCACCACGAAUCCCUAUGCAAAUCAAGCACAUGGCUACAAAGCAGCUCACGCCGAUCUACCGCCACAACCCGUUCAACCGGCCAAUACUGGGGUAAAUUGUUUCCACGAUGAACGUCGGCCCGACGUGGACCAGCCGCACUCGAUGUAUUAU